UCUCGAUCAAACAAUAAAUAGUUGGGCCGAAAAAAGUUCACGACUAAAAGGGCACCACCUCAAAUUAUUUUUUAACAGUUUAAAUUUCCGCAAAUUUUCGCCAGAAUCGAUAUUUUAAUUUUAUUCACUAUUUUCAUACUAUUUUCUCUUCUGUCUCUUCUUUUUCUCAUGUCUUUCGUUUAAUUCUCACGUCUGCUACAAAAAAAUAUUAUUGUCGUGAAAGCUCGAGACGGACAGACAAAAAAAAAGAAAAGAAUCACGUUGCACCGGAACUUCAUUAAAUUUAUCAGUACUAAAAACUUUUGUUUAUUUUUUGUUUGUGGAAAAAUGAACGUGACAAUGUUUAAUUCAGAAUUUAUUUUUAUAGAUAUUGACCGGAAGUCUUAUUAUAAUCGUUUAUUUUAUAACAAAUUAAAUUGUUCAGUAAAAUGGCUCUAAAGCGAAUCCAGAAAGAACUUCAGGACCUUGGACGUGAUCCACCAGCGCAAUGCAGUGCAGGGCCAGUUGGUGAUGACCUUUUCCAUUGGCAGGCCACUAUUAUGGGACCGCCAGAAUCGCCAUAUCAGGGCGGAGUGUUCUUCUUGACAAUCCACUUUCCAACAGACUAUCCGUUCAAGCCGCCAAAAGUGGCGUUUACGACUCGUAUAUAUCAUCCAAAUAUCAACAGCAAUGGAAGCAUCUGCUUGGACAUUCUGAGAUCUCAAUGGUCUCCAGCUUUGACUAUCUCAAAAGUUUUGCUGUCAAUUUGCUCAUUGCUCUGUGAUCCAAAUCCGGACGAUCCGUUGGUGCCCGAGAUUGCGCGCAUAUAUAAGACUGAUCGAGAGAGAUACAAUACGCUGGCUCGUGAAUGGACGCAGAAAUACGCCAUGUGA